AUGCCGCAGUCGACGCACCCCCCGACCCCCGUGUGGCUAGACUGCGACCCGGGGCACGAUGACGCCAUCGCCAUCCUACUUGCUGGUUACAGUCCCCAGCUGCACCUCCUGGGUAUUAGCACCGUUGCAGGGAACCAGAGCGUGGAGAAAGUGACGGAAAAUGCCAGGAGGGUCCUGUACGCUGCCGGGCUGGCAGGGGUGGAGGUGGUCCAGGGCCAGGGCCGGCCCGUCAUGCGUGACCCCGUGGCCUGCGCCGAGAUCCACGGCGACUCGGGCCUGGACGGCCCUAGUGGCGGGCCACUGCUUCCCCCUGUGCCUGUGGGGGCCGGAAUCGGCCCCCACAGCACAGGCCCCACGGGCGCCCGCUGCACCGACACCGACAUCAGUGCUCCAGCUGCUGCAGGGCCGCUGCAGCCGCGUGGCGUUGUCGUCAUGGCAGAGCGCAUCGCCGCAGCAGCGGCGCAGCGUGCACAGCGCGUGCAUGUCGUCGCCACUGGGGCGCUGACCAACGUGGCCCUCCUGCUGACCCUGUUCCCCGAGAUCGUGGACCGAAUCGAGAUCGUGUUCAUGGGGGGCGCCCUCGGAACUGGGAAUACAGGCCCCUCCACGGAGUUCAACAUCCAGGUCGACCCCGAGGCCGCCGCCAUGGUUAUGCGCAGCGGCGCCCGCAUCACCAUGGUCCCUCUGGAGGUGACGCAUACGGCACUGGUUGGCCCAGAGGUGGCGACAGCGGUGCUGGGAGCAGCCCCCGGCGGCGCCACCCCCUUCCGCCAGGCCAUGCACGACCUGCUGCACUUCUUUGCCAAGACGGAGGUUUUCGAUUUCGUGCACCCUCCGCUGCACGACCCAUGUGCUGUGGCGUAUGUCAUUGAUCGCAGCCUCUUCAAGGCGUCGCACUUGAGAGUGGAUGUGGAGACGCACAGCGUGCUCAGCGCUGGUCAGACCGUCACUGACCUCCGACGCACGACCGGCCGGGCCCCCAACGCCACCGUCUGCCUGGCCAUGGAUGUCGCUGCAUUCUGGCGGCUGGUGCUGGAUGCCAUUGCUGCAGCAGAUGCACGCUCGCCGUUGAACAACAACUAA